CUGAACGGCUCUGUUGCCUUGGUGAUAGAAAACACUGGUUAGAGAAACUGAACGCGGCUUAGUUUGCUACGAUUUCCGCGUCUCCACGCGCUUGGAAGACCUUGGAGUUCUUUUUUUAUGCAUAAUAACAUCUUUACAGAUGUAGAAAAUAUAAACACAUUGGAGAGCGAGUGUUCUUACCAGAGCGAGAUGACCUGUGGAUGGUGUGAAUGAGAGAAAGGACCAAAUGGCCCUCAGCUCUCCGUGUGUGGAGGACAGUGGUUUUGGCGCUGGACAGCUAAACCAGCUGUUGUGGGAGCCUGGUGCAUCCCCCUACAAGGAAGACGAUGGGCUGCUGGUCACCCAUGUCAACCAUACGCACGACCUGCUGAGGGUUCAGGGGCUCAGAAGCACAGCCAGGGGAAGAAUGAAGAGCACCACCGAGUGGUUGGAGGACCACAGUGUUGAAAACUCUGGACUCUCCCUCUCCCACAUAUUCUCCCUUGGCACAUCCACUCUCACGAGAGACGAGGAUGGCAAUCCCAGGAGACACCUCCAGAUCAGUGUUGGAACACUCAAUGAGUUUGAGGCCCGCCUCCUGCAAAUGAUUGAUACGUACCACGCCAGGAUGAAGUGGCUGACUGAAGGAAGUCUGAAGGCAUUUGGGGUGGUGAGGGGGUCCAGGGUGGGCGUGGUCAUUGACUCCUCCCAUGCUGCCUGUGAGGCAGGGAGACUCUCACAGCUCCAGAGCGACCUGCAGUGUCUGAUCAAUGAGCAUCUGAGCCAUAGGAAGCAGCUGUAUGCCAUGUCGUUUGGGACAGAGGUUAGCUUGCUGUGGGACGGGCCUAGAGACGCAAAUUCCAGCAGGCUAAGGGAGAUGUGCCAGUGGGUACAGAAGCUCUGUCCUGCUGGUGGGUGUAAUCUCCUCAAUGCCCUCCGGAGGGUGCUGCAGUGCAGGGAGCUGGACUCACUCCUCCUCAUUCUGGGCUCCUGUCCAGAUCAGACAUCAGACACAUUGUUUGAUUAUGUGGAGCAGUGCACUCUGGGAAGGGAGCUGUCCAUCCUCGCCGUGGCAUAUGGCAGCAGCAGUCCAGUGACCAUUGGGAUCGUUAAGAGACUGGCAGAGGUCACCGGAGGUCGUUUCCAUAUCUUCUCCGACAUGAGACAGUGUAUGGUGGACAGCAGUGACAUGGAGCUCAUAUGGGGGGAGCUCCAGGCAGCAAGGGGAGUCCUGGGAAACCUACAGGAGAUGCGGGGGGGUCGGGUCGGAGAGACGCAGGUGACCGUGAUGCAAGAGGUUUGCGCUGAGGUGGACAGCUUGUGUCUGACCCGCCUCCUUCCCAAAUCAGCCAGUCAAGAUGCUCCACUCUGCCUGCAGAGUCCAGGUUUCCUGCCCUCAACCUCAGCAGAGUGGCUGCAGAGCCAUGGGCUCAAAGCGCAGAGGCUGGGCGUGUACCAGGUGCUGGCUCCCCACGCACACUCCCCGCUGCAGGAGUUUGUGCCUAUUCUGCGCAAGACUGUCAGCUCCACGGUACACCAGAAAGCCAUGGUGCAGUUUGAGUGGCAUGAUGGGACAGUGAAGAAUGUGCAUGUGGAUCCGCCCCUUCUCUAUGCCUAUCAGAAACAGCUGGUGAGUGCAGUGAAGGUGCUGGAGAAGAGAGUGGCGUGGCUCAACACUGGAAGCCGUCAGAUCUGGGGCACAGUGUGUGAGCUCAGGGUGCUGGUCCUGGUGGAUGUGUCUCAGUGGAACUCACAGUACCUUCGCUACAUACAGCUCUCCCUAAGACUACUGCUGCAAGAACAAAUGGCUAACAAACACAGCUUCAACAUCAUCGCUUUUGGUGGAGAUGUUUGCGCCUGGCAGAAUGAGAUGGUGGAGACUAGCACCAAGAACCUUCAGGAAGCUUGGAGGUGGGUGCAGGGGUUGCAGUGCGAGGGGAGUCGGAACAUGCUGGCAGCUCUGAGACUUGCUGUGGAGAACAACCUGCAGGGGGAGCCAGAGCACAGCCAGGGCCUUUACCUGCUCACCUGUGGCGUGCCUGACCAAGACAUGGCUGCAGUAGAGGGGUAUGUGUCCCAGUGCAGUGGGGGAGGGGCUUGGCGGUUACAUGUGUGCCUGUUUGGGGGGGUGGAGCCCACAGCGCUGAGCUGUCCCUUCCCACCCCGCUAUGCCACCCAAGUGGAGACUGUCGAUGCCCUACGAAGCCUGGCACACUCCACCGAGGGGCGCUUUCACUGCUUCAGGAAGUCAGGCAUCGUAGAGAGUGAUGACAUCACUGCCUUAAUGGCAGAAAUAGAGAAGGCAACCAGGUACUGGGAGAAGUGCUCCAUGCUGGUGGACUCUGUGUCCCACCGGACAGGCUGCAAGGGGGUCAGCGAGGCGCCGAUGCUGGAGGGCAAGCAGCCUACUGUAACCAUGGAGACGUGGAUACCUCCCCGCCCCACCGCUCUCACGCUCGCCAGGCUGCAGGUGAAGGCACAGAGAGAGGAGGAAGCUUCACCUGUGAAAGCUCUUACCUGGUGCCCCAGCAAAUCCCCAGCACAGCCAGCGAGUAGCAGGGGGCCAACAGGAAGUGGAGCCAGACACAGGAAGUCCUCUGUCUCUCACUCUGUGUUUUAUACAGAGGAAGGCAACAACCUUGCUAAGGGUUUUGUCUUUAAGAAAUAUCCAAAAGCACAGAGUGCACGCAGGGCUAUUCCCAAGGUCACUCUGCCCAAGGAAGAGGAAAUUUGCUCAACCAAGCAGUGGCUGAAGCGUUUCGGAGUGAGGAAGCUGAAGCUGGAUCUGGAUAGGCUGGCAUCAGGCCCGGACUGCACGCAUCAUAAGAGUCCUGCCUCACACGUGCCCGUCUCCGCCCCAGACACACCCAGCCUGGCCUCCUGCAGCCCGGUCCUGGCAUACUGCAGAAAUAUCCCUCUUGUCGACUUCAACGGCACACUGAGGCAUCUUCAGUUGGCGCCACGGGAGCUGGAUCAGUACCUCUCCCAGACAGGAAGACUCCUCAGACGCUACGCUCGCAGGAUACAAUGGCUGCUCUCUGGUAGCCGGCGCGUCUUUGGGGUGCUGCUGGAGAGGGAUGUCUGCAUCCUGCUGGACUGCUCGGGCUCCAUGGCAACCUCCCUGCCCGAGGUGAAGAGGGAGCUCAGCUCCCUGAUCUGGGAUCAGCUGCGCCCAAACAGGCACAGAUUUACUCUGGCUGCGUUUUCGGGGGAGGUGCAGACAUGGCGCCCCACCCUAACAGAGGCCUCGGAAGAGGCGUGCCGGGAGGCGGAGCAGUGGGUGUGGCAGCUGUGCGCUCACGGGGGCACCUGCACCCUGCAGGCCGUACAGUUUGCCUGUGGGCUGGGCGACUCUGUGGGCGUGUACAUGCUGAGUGAUGGGAAGCCAGACUCCAGCUGCAGCUUGAUCCUGCAGGCGACUGAGAGGAUGAGUCAAGGGAAGCACAUCAUUGUGCAUACCAUCUCCUACAACUGCAAUGACAGCGCUGCCAAUGAAUUCCUGCGGAAACUGGCCCACCAGACAAAAGGCCGGUUCCAUUGUUUCCAGGGCGACGCAGACUUGCUGGUUGCUGCAAUGCUGAAGGAGGGGUCCACCGAGGAAGCCGAACCAACUUGUUCCGCCUUUGAGGGAGACGACCUGAGGGGAUUGGCCAAGGAGAUGGACAAACUGAGACAUUUCCGGAAACAGGCUUCAGCUUUCCGGAAGAUUCUUUUGGAGAAGCAGACUCCAGUGAAGGGCUAGACUGAAAAUGAUGAAGGUGCUGAUGAAGACCUUCUCAUCCGGCUUCCCGAGAUGUCUCUGCAUUUCAUUCUUAAAUAAUUUCCUCCCAAAAUAAUUAAAAUCUUUGAAAGUUUUAACAAUGUACUUCAAUGAAUAACUAUUAUGAGCAAUGAAAAAAAAGAUUUUUUAUUAAUUUAUGUGUAUGUAAUUUUGAUGGGACAUAUCAAAAUCUUGUAAUAUUGAAGGUAAUACAAAGACGAGAACUUUCUUUUCAAUCUUAGUAUAGGCUUUUUGGUGUUUCUUAAGUUUUUUGGAGAAUUAUGCUACAGGGCAAACACAGGAGUCCUGGACCAGUGCAGUUUUGACACCCACAUCAGGGGUGUACUGAAAAGGUAAAGUUAAGGUGCAGUCAAAAUUGGUUCACUGGACAAGAUGGCUUUUGAUUGACUGAAAACCCUAUGCCAAGAGUCAUUUGUACAGUGCCGUGAAAAAGUGUUUCCCCCCUUCCUGAUUUCCUCUUAUUGCAUAUUUUUCACACUGAAUGGUUUCAGAUCUUUAGAUAAAAUGUAAUAUAGAGGGAAUAAAGGGAACCUGAGUAAACGCCAAACAUAUUUUUAAAAUUAUUUCAUUUAUUUAAUGAAAAAAGUAAUCAGACACCCAAAAAGAAAUUGCCCCCUUAAAUGUAUUAGCUGGUUGCACCACCUUUAUCAGCAAUAACUGCAACCAAACUCUUAGAAUUUAAUAUCUAGUGGAAUGUGAUUGUGGAAUAGAGUGCUUGCUUGUGGUGUCUACUUCACUCUGAUGGUAUGGUUCAGUAUGAGUGAGGUUUAGAUUCAACAGGGCUGACUGUGUUAAAUUAGUUGAAUCUAAUUAUCAAUUAAAUAUGGUUAAUUGUUUGAUAGAGUAACUAAGGGGGCAAUGACUUUUACACAUGGGUGGCUGAUAUGGGUAUUUCAUAACAAUUUUCAUAAAAUAAAUGAAAUUUUAAAGUGUUUUGUGUUUACUCGGUUUCCCUUUGUCUAAUAUUACAUUAUGUCUGAUAAUAGAGGAAAUCAGUCAGGGGGAAAAUAGGCUAUAUCGAUGGAAAAUCAAGAUUUUUUUGCACAAGUACAGUCUCUGUUUCGUGUAGCCUCACAUCUUACGGGCUACGGGUAAAAUGUAUUGUUUACAGUGUAGUUUGUGUCGGCACACAUCCUGAAUAAAUGAUUAGACUUGGGGUAACAAGACUA